GGCCUUCGAAGUAAAGGAUGAUGGAGCUUGACAGAGAUGACUGCCAAAGUGAUGAGUCCACCGUGGAAGAUGAAGAUGACGCCACGUAUUCACUUGGUGACCUGAGUUGUGGGGAUGUUCAGCUGUGGGCUACAGAUCGAUGUAAGAGUGGUAGUGCCAUCAUGGUGUACAGGCCUAUGGAAGGUGCAGUGAUCCAUGGAAUUUGCAAACUGCUGACAAUCAGACAGGCGAGUGUUACUGAGGCGACGGAGUCAUUCCUGCAUGUUAUUACGACACGGUUACAGAAGGCAUCAGGUACUGCAAAUCUGCUACGCCAGGAAGUGUGCCAGCUGAAGGCAUGCAAGGGUGCUGAUAUUUCUCAAGCAUGGCAACAAAUGCUGUCCGUCAUCGCAACAGCUAUUCCCGAAGUGAAAAUCAAUUGUGAAGAUUUGGAAGUUACAUCUGCAGUGCUAGCGAAUCUGAUAAGCUACCUGCAUGCCACGGCUGCCGCUGCUAUCAGGAAAGCGUCAAUAGCACCAUCCAAAGCUGCUGAAGCCAUCCCCGAACCGGUGAUUGACAAUUUGUCUCACCUUGCUGAAAAGUACCAUGGUGGUUGGUGCUUGGUGGCCGUGCGGCGUGAGCUGGAAGGAGCAAGGUGUCGCAACGACAACUUGCUGCAGCUUAUACCUUUAUUUGGCAAGGAUGCCGUGACAAGCCUUCAGCCUUGUUUGGAGAAUUUUGGAGCCAUUCUCCAAACAUCUGAGCAUCAAGCGUUGCCCAGAAAUGACCAACCGCUCAGUGACCAUGGCUAUGCAGCACCCAUAGCUGCAACACAGCAUGAAGAGCAGAAGCAUACGUUUGUACUUGUGCCUGCUGCAUGCUCCUUGUUUCACCAGCUUAAUUUAAUAACCCAUUCCCAGUUCCCCAGCAUGCUCAACACACACAAGCAACACGCCGUGAGUGCAAUGCAAGAGCACCUGGAAGCAAAUCUCCUCAUCCGCCAACUGUUUAAUGAUAUAGUCCAAGAUAAGAAUCGCAGUUAUGACUUCCUGAAACUUGUUAUCCGGUACUUCAUGAAGAGCAAGCAGAAGCAGCUUUUGAAGCAGUAUGGACUAUCGCCGGCUAACCAGUCGAUUGCAUUGCGCACAGGUUUGAGGCAGCAUGAAAAGAAAAAAGAAGCGUCUCCUCAGGCCCCACCAGCUGAAGGCAUCGUGCGGCAGAAACUGCGGAUGAACGAUGUGGAAGCUGCUGCUACAAUCCUCCGAACAGAAUCAAAGCCAGAAUCAUUAUUGGAAAACCUCACAGUUCUGCAGUUGUCAACCCUCAUGAAGUAUCUCGGAGGGACAUCAGGAUCCCGAUUUAACAAAGCCGAGAAGAUCACUCAAGUGACGAAGCUUCUGCAUCAUCCUGGGGAUUCCCAGCGGCAUUUGUAGAGGGGCUGGCGUUGUGUUGAGGUCUCCUCGAUAUUCAGCCCUGGCAAUUAUCGGCUCUCUCGAUGGCUAACACGACGGUCUCUAUAUCUUCACAGGCAUUUCAUGGAUUCUCUUGAUGUUCUGACUGAGUAUUAAUAACUCAACUACAUGCUCUGCAGUGCACGUGCGCAUACUGUGUGUGUAUGAUACUGUGAUAAGCGGUACAAGCAGUAUACAGGAUAUUGACGGGUAUUCACCUUGAGUGCAUUCGCCGAUAGUGUGACUUUCGUUGCACAGAACUUUGCUCAGUCGGUCAUGUGACUUGGUCUGGGUCGGAAGCUCUGUAUAAGACAAAAGAAGACAGAUAAAAACAACUGAACCAGUGAUAUGUGUAUGUGUGUGUGUGUGUGUGUGUGUGUGUGUGUGUGUGUGUGUGUGUGUGUGUGUGCUUCUGUGAUAAGUGGUAUAAGCAGUCCACAGGGUAUUCACCUUGAGUGCAUUCGCCGAUAGUGUGACUUUCGUCGCACAGAACCUUCUUCAGUUGGUCAGGUGACUCGGCGUGGCUCGGAAGCUCUGUAUAAGACAAAAUACGACACAGAUAAAAACAACUGAACCAGUGA